AUGCCCUGCACUAUAGGAUGCCACACAUGCCGCCGACGACGAGUCAAAUGCGACGAGAUACACCCAGUAUGCGAAAGAUGUACCAAAGCCAAGAUCAACUGCGAGGGCUAUGCGCGCGACCUCAAAUUCGUGGACGAGAAAGGGCGCGCCCAAAAGCGCGUGCAGGUGAAACGACAGGCAUACUUGGAAGCUGUUCACGCAGAGGAGGCACAACUCGAAGCCGUACGGAAGACAAAGUCAGGCUCGCCCCCGGUAGGUGAGGCCUGGAAAGGAGCGACGCCUUCAAUAGGGCCCACACUCGAUAUAGGCGUGUUCAAGGAUGAAGUACAGAUAUCGUUCAUGCUAAAAACCCUAUUUGCGGGCUGGAGGCUAUUCAUGCCAUGGGUCAUGACGGGAUAUCGCAACGCCGAGGAAUGCACAACCACCCAGACCGUUAAGGCGCUGAGCUGUGUUUUCUUUGGUCGAAUGCACAACAAUAGGAAUAUCUUCGAUUCUGGCAUGGUUGCGUACUGCAAUGCUCUCCGCCUGUUAGGGUCAGAUUUGAAGGAUCCCAAAGCUGCGUAUGGGAUAUCGGCCGUCACCAACGUCUUAUCGUUGGUUAUAUUUGAGAUGAUGGCUUCUAAGGGAGGACCCGGCAUAAUGCAGCACUUGGGUGGAGUCCAAAGACUGAUACAAGCUCGUGGACCAGAACGGCAUCAGAACCGACCGGAUUUGGACGUUUUUGAAAAUGCCAGGCUCGGAAUGAUACAUCAAUUCAUGGAAAAAAGGAAACGGUGUUUUCUGGAGGAGCAACAAUGGAUGACCAUUCCGUGGUUCAAACAUCCUGAAGCUAAGACGUUUGUCUCUUCCAUUACUGAUCGAAAAUGUUACCUUCCAGGCCUCUUGGAUGACAUGGAGGCCAUGCGGACCGGCGUACGGGCUUCCCAAGCGGAUGUCUCACUCUUAUGCGAGAAAAUCUAUACACAGCUUUAUGAGCUCUUCUGCUGGCGAGCUGCCUGGGAGGCAGAAUUUCCAAAUUGCUGUUGGACUGUCCCAGUACAUGAACCAGAUAAGCCCUACAGCACGGCAAUUUACUUCUCCUCACUGGAACGAGCGGUGGAGAUUUGCCAUUACGAUACAAUCUUUUUGAUGCUCUAUCGAAUGGGCUGCAUUCUGUUUGGUCCUGAUUUCGAUACAACUACUAUUGCUCUGCCCAUCCCCAUGAUCAGGACAAAUCCCGUUCUUCUCCUUCCCACUGAUCCCAAGUCUGUCCAUGAAUUAGGAGUGGAAAUUCUUCGCCAUAUACCCUACUUUUUCAAGGACAAUAGCCAACAUGGGGCAUACUUCCAAGCAUUAUUCCUGCUAAGAUCUACGUUUGAAGUUUUUGUGCCAGGCACCAUAGAGUGGGAUUAUUGCCAAAAAACGUUCAAUGAGCUUGCAGACAAGAGUGGCUUUGAGGUGGCCCGAAAAAUGAUGCCCCAUGGCUUGCAAGGGAGAAUGUUGCAAGACGAAGGGAUGCAUGCUCCCAUAUUUUGA